CCACAAGGCGACGUCGCCAGGCAGGCAAUUUCAUCUCCUUCACCAACCUCUCGUGGUGCUAUUUCGCAUCAGCAACUUCAUCACUUUCCCCUCAACAUCCCCGUCGUAUUGUGCGCAGGAGUCGCGCGACCGACAAGAUGUCUUGGAGAAACCAGGGAAUUACGGGUUCCAACAACAUCCCGCUGGGCAAGACGCGCCGCUUUGGUGGCGAUUCCGAGCCCGAGGCACCCCCUAGCAACUAUGCGCCGCCAUCCUCGUACGCGCCGCCCUCGGUCGCCUCGAGCGGUCCCGAUCGCGAGUUGAAGCGCGGUCGGAGCCCUGAGCCCAGAGCCGAGUCCAGCGGCCCGAAGCAGCGGAAGAAGCGAAACCGAUGGGGCGAAGCGACCGAGAACAAGGCCGCGGGCCUCAUGAAUUUGCCCACCGCCAUUCUAGCCAACAUGACCAACGAGCAGCUCGAGGCCUACACGGUGCAUCUUAGAAUCGAGGAGAUCACGCAGAAGCUCAAGAUUGAUGAUGUUGUGCCAGCCGACGGCAACCGGUCGCCCUCGCCACCGCCUCAGUACGACAACCACGGCCGGCGUGUCAACACGCGCGAAUUCCGCUACCGCAAGAAGCUGGAGGAUGAGCGCCACAAGCUCAUCGAGAAGGCCAUCAAGACCAUCCCUAACUACCAUCCGCCACAGGACUACCGGCGCCCCACAAAGACCCAGGAGAAGGUCUAUGUGCCGGUGAAUGACUACCCGGAGAUCAACUUCAUUGGCUUGCUUAUCGGACCCCGUGGAAACACCCUGAAGAAGAUGGAGUCCGAGUCUGGCGCCAAAAUCGCGAUCCGUGGCAAGGGCUCCGUCAAGGAGGGCAAGGGGCGAUCCGAUGCUGCUCACACUAGCAACCAGGAAGAAGAUCUUCACUGCCUCAUCAUGGCUGACACAGAGGAGAAGGUCAACAAGGCCAAAAAGCUGAUCCAUAAUGUCAUUGAAACUGCCGCCUCCAUCCCAGAGGGCCAGAAUGAGCUCAAGCGUAACCAGCUUCGUGAGCUCGCGGCCCUGAACGGUACUCUCCGAGACGACGAGAACCAGGCGUGCCAGAACUGCGGCCAGAUUGGGCAUCGCAAAUGGGAGUGUCCCGAGAAGCAGAAUUACACUGCCAACAUCAUCUGCCGCGUCUGUGGAAAUGCUGGACACAUGGCCAGGGAUUGUCCUGACCGACAGAGGGGUGCUAGCUGGCGCAACGAUGCCCCCGCCUUCCGUUCCGCUGGUCGUCUUGGUGCUGGUAGCGGUGGUGGUGGUGAGGUCGUCGACAAGGAGUACGAGGCGCUCAUGGCGGAACUCAAUGGUGGAGCGCCGCCUGCUCGUAUUGAAGCAGGACCUGGCGGCGGCGAGAGCAGUGGUGGCGGGGGCGGGGGCGGGGGCAACAACACGCCCGGCGGCGAGUCCGCGCGCCCCUGGCAGCGUGGUCCAAGUGGAGGAGCAGCCCCUUGGCGGCAGCGUCACCAGGAUCGUGAUAACGAGGACGGCAAUGGCGGCGGCUCCGGCGGGCCAGCGCCUUGGGCUCGUGACCGCCAGAGCCGUGCCAGCGACCGUGACCAGAACGAAGGCGAGCCGUGGCGCAACCGUGACCGGGACCGAGACCGGGACCGGGACCGGGACCAAGGCCGAGACCGAGGCUACCAGAAUGGCAACGGCGACGGUGGCUUCUCUGCCCCACCCCCCUCGGGGCCCUCGGCUCCCUGGAACCAGCCAUCGUCUGGUGCACCUGGCUAUGGAGGAUAUCCUGGAUAUCCGGGCUAUGGCGCGCCGCCCGGCAUGGGAGUUCCUGGCAUGCCCGCGCCCCCUCCUGGCCUCCCUGGCGCCCCUCCAGGUCUUCCUGGUGCGCCUCCGGGACUGCCGCCGCCGCCGUCUGACUUUAACGUUAGCGCUUUGAUUGCGCAGUACUCUGGCGGAGCUCCGCCGCCGCCUCCGCCUCCGGCCGGCGAUGCCCCUCCUCCGCCACCGAGCGAUCAGCCGCCGCCGCCUCCACCCCCGGGAGCCUAGAGCUUUCUCGAAUCGGUGCCAAUCACGCUCCGCCAUUGGACUAACACCACCAUAAGAUGGGCCUGACUGACACUCCCCGACAACACUCUAACUGACCUCACUCACCUACGUAUCCUAGUGGUCUCUGGAGCGCUGACUAUUUGUUCCCCCUGUUUCUUUUUAAUGCCUUGGUCUUCACUCUCUUUUUGGCUACGGCUCGCACCUUGCUAUUCGUUCAGAGCUCCCGCUUUUAUUCUCUUUGCGUCGUUGUUGGGUUUCUGAAAGUCAACGGACUCGGAAUUACCAACCUCCCAAAAACGAGGAAGCGAAGAGGCGGUAUUUUACGACAAGCAACGUACCGCGAAUUUCUGAGGCGGCAACACGAUCGAACGAUGCUUAACGGGCGCCGCGAGUCUGUAUCGCUACAUCAGUGUCCAGGACAUGGCAGUCCAACAUCGACUCGUGCUUCUUAGCCCUCUCGCUCGAAGUUACCAGGCAGGUCUUGAAUUGCUAACAAUUGUAUAACAUGGUUCCCGAGGAGGAUUCAGUAUUCUUUUUUUCCUGCGCCCAUAAUAACUAGGUAGAAGCAAAACACAUGGUUGUGUUGAAAUAAGCGGCCGUCAUGGUUUUCAUCCGUAUAACUGAUGCUUUUCGAGACCGGAGAGACUGGAGGUGCGUGACAACCAGUUAUGUUGAUU